AUGCCACAAGAAAUUCGAGUUCUACAUUGUUUUAAUUGCAAGAUAUUCCAAGUGGAUAUUGUUAAAAAGUUGUCGAAAUGGCAAUGUCGAGUUUGCAAUACAAAGCAAACAGUACGGAAAGAAUAUUUUCGAGGCACAGGAACAGAAUGUCGUAUUAAAGUUCAAGAAUUAAAUAUGACAAAAGGUCAAAAACACAACGAAACUGUUGGCAGUUAUUUGAAUGUACUGAAUACAGUAAAUGAAAUCAAUUGUUCAUUAGAAAACAACAUAGAUCAUAACGAUGUCACAUCCAAUAAUAUAGUCAAAGAUGAAUUAUCUAUCGAAAGAGAUUGUGAACCGUCUUCGUCUAUUAGUGAGUUCAAUAUGAUGUUCGAUUUUUCGCAAACUAAAAAGUGGUCAUCUAAACGUGACCAGUCUUCAUCUAAUGAUUAUCAAUUGACUAGUUCUACAAAGAAAUCUAAAUGGGAUAAUUAUGUAUAA